AUGGAGAGGAUUACAAGUGCGCAACCGCCUCCUUAUGUGCCAAAACACGCAUCAGUGGAUAUAGCUGACAUGCACGGACUGGAUUUUCCCAUUUAUGUGUGCAAACCGAGGAGGGGCAUGAAGAGCGGGCACGAGUGCAAGGAGACUUACAAGCUGCCGCACCGACUGAUCGAGAAGAAAAGGCGUGACAGGAUCAACGAAUGCAUCGCCCAGCUGAAGGACCUGCUGCCAGAACAUCUGAAGCUCACGACGCUGGGUCAUCUGGAGAAAGCCGUGGUGCUGGAGCUCACGCUCAAGCACGUGAAGACCCUGAGCGCUCUGCUGGAGCAGCAGCAGCAGAAAAUCCUGGCGCUGCAGAAGGACCUGCAGAUCGGCGAUAACGGAGGAGACGGCGCGGAGGCCGGCGAGGAAAUGUUCCGCUCGGGCUUCCACCUCUGCGCCAAAGAGGUCCUCCACUACCUGGCCAGCCAGGAGUCCGGCCGGGACCUGACCCCCUCCCACGUCCUGGGCCACAUCCAGAAGGUGGCCGCCGAGGUCCUGCAGCAGCGGGGCGACCCGCGGCCGGACGCGGCCUCGCCCCGGGCGCCGGACAGAGCCAGCAAGCCCGCCAGGCAGCCGGCCCGGACCCCCGAGGCCCCCGCCAAGAACUGCGUCCCCGUCAUCCAGAGGACUGACCAGCAGGGGCCGGGGGAGCAGAGCGGCAGCGACACGGACACCGACAGCGGCUACGGCGGCGAGCACGAGAAGCCCAAAACGCAGUGGUCACUCAGCCACCGGAGGGAAGGCGAGCUCAAGAAGCCGGCGCCCGGCGCCAUCAAGCAGGAGGCAAACGAGCCCCCGGCCAAGAGGCAGAGGUCCGAGUCCCCGGAGGACGAGCUCCUCUGCGUCCAUCCGGCCGGAGCCCCCGGCAGCUACGUCAACUUCUCCUCCCCCGGACAGACGCCGUUUUGCCUCCCCUUCUACGUCCUCCCCCCGAACGCCGCGGCGGCGGCCGCCGCCUACCUGCCCAUGCUGGAAAAGUGCUGGUACCCGGGGGGCAUGCCGGUCAUGUACCCGCAGGGCUCCUCCCUGAUGUCCCCGCGGGCGGGGUCCCCGGUCCCCCGCCAGGACUCCCCCGCCCUCCACAAAGCCUCAAAGCACACCCCCCCCCUCAACCUGGAAGCCAAAGACUGA